UUGAUAACAGAGACUUCUUGACGCAUUAAUGUCGCGUAGUUAACUGUUCCACUGUAGAAAUACAAAAUUCACAUACGGAAAUUUUUAUACUGACUAUAGCGAGAAGUUUUAUAACUAUUUUAUAAGUGAAGAAGUAUAUAUUCGCGGAAGAGAUCGAUUGCUGGAUUAACUGGAAGAGAUAUGCAGAUUAAAGAUAAACGAGUCGUAGUGACUGGAGCAGCGAGUGGUGUGGCUCUGGCAUUUUGCAGAGAGCUACUACGAAAUGGCGCUUUGAUGGUAGUUAUGAUAGAUAUACGACAGUGGCUUGGAGAACAAGCUGUACAAAGUUUAAACAAUGAAUUUGGUCGUAAACGAGCUGUAUUUCUUCACUGCGAUGUGACGAAUAAUUCCGAAUAUGACGCCACGUUCAAAGAAGCGAUCAACAUUCUUGGCGGGCUGGACAUUUUAAUAAACAAUGCAAGCGUAAUAAACGAAACUGAUUUUGCGAAAGCCAUCGACGUUAAUGUGACUGCUGUAGUUCGUGGAACUCUUAUGGGAAUUCAACAAAUGCAAAAGGACUCUGGAGGAAAGGGUGGUGUCAUCGUAAAUGUUUCGUCCAUUGCCGGAUUACAAGCGGUACCUCAACUUCCGGUGUAUUCUGCUGCGAAACACGCUGUCGUUAGUUUCAGCCGUUCCUUUGCGCAACCUUAUCACUACCAGAGGACUAAUGUAAAAGUGAUUGUUUUGUGUCCUGGUUUGGCUGGCACCCCUCCAAACUUCGUAGAUUUAUCGCAGGAUAUGUCGGACAGUGAUAUUUUGAAGCAUUAUCAACCUCAAAAAGUGGAAAGCAUUGCUCAUGGAUUGGUGUAUGUAAUUCGAUGCGCACAGAACGGCAGCGUGUGGAUCAGUGAGGAUGGACAACCAGUUUACGAAGUGCAACUUCCUGAUACUCUGCCGCAAAAGACCGAAAUCGACAUGGAGGAUUCAAAUAUUGUACAUCCAAGUUUGAGAAUCUUCCGCCGUCGUUCUUCAGCAACGGAAAGGGCGAAGGAGAUAGAAGCGAUUAAUUGCAUCGUUUCCGGAAAAAAUGUUCUAAUAACUGGCGGUGCGGCAGGAUUGGGCUACGCUUUUCUUAAUCACUUCUUGAGACACGGAGCAAAGAAAAUAAUUAUAUUGGACAUUGAUGCUGAAAGCGGCAACCGGAUCGCACUCGCCAUCGAAAAAUCUUGCGGCGAGAAGAAGGUGCACUUUAUACACACCGACGUAUCUAAUCACAAGCAAGUGACUGCGGCCUUCGAAGAAGCAGUAUCGCUGUUAGGAAACAUUGACAUCGUGAUAAAUAACGCUGGAGUUUUAGACGAGCGAAGAUGGGAGAAGGAAAUCGCGGUGAACAUUAGUGGCAUGGUCAGCACCGCAAUGUCAGCUAUACAAUGUAUGAGCAGAGAUACGAGCGGUCAGGGUGGUAUCUUGGUGAACGUGAGCCAGCAUGUAGAUAUUCGAAAUACAGCUCAACUUCCGGUUUACAUUGCCACGAAACAUGCCGUCAUUGGCCUGUCGCAGUCUCUUUCGGAUUCUUAUCAUUUCGAGAAGACUGGCGUUACCGUAAUAACUUUGUGUCCAGGUCUGACGGAAACCGCUUUGACGAUAGAUAGUCCGAAUAAACUUCUUUCCAGGGUCAUGAAGGCGGAUUUUGUCAAGAAUCUUGAACAGUACUCGAUACAAACGCCUUACGUAGUCGCGCAGGGUCUAAUGACGAUCUUGAGGAUCGGCGAGUCCGGCAGUAUUUGGGUUAUCGAGAGCGGCAGAGCGCCUUACGAGGUUUACGUGCCAAAUCCGCGUACUCUGCGCCGUCACUACAAGAACAACUUCCCGCACGUCGACACUAAGGUCGCGCGAGGUCGUGCGAUAAGGGAAGUCUGCGACAACGCGAGGACAGGUCUGAUGAGCUGCGCCUGAUAACCGGCAAGCGCACGAUCUCUCGCUCUAUUUGGAGCUGAAUAUCUUCUUCAAUCCACGUGGCGAACGAUCGUCCGGAGACCUCGAAAAGAUAAUUUCACGCGUAGUUCAGUGUAAUCGGAAGUGCAUAAACGGACGAGAGGCAGUCAAAGCGAUGUUUUUGCGGAAAAUGGCGUAGCCGAGAUUCUCUGUAAAAUGCCGUACAGAUUAGUUUACUUUGCGAAGUUUUACGCAUGUCCUAUAAGCGCUUUAAUAUUAUUUAAUAUUAAAUAAUAUUAUUUACUUCAAUAUUUUAAAUUAUCGAGAAUAUUAUAACUUUUAAAUGUAAUAAUUAUAAAGUUCUGAAUAUUUUAUGCAUAAUAAUUCACAUUAAUUUUUUAACAAAAAUAAUAUUCGUAGAAUAUUUUUAUAAUAUUCCACGAACAUUAAAAUAAUAUAUCACGAAUAUUAUAUAAAGCGGACAUGUAACAUUAAUACAAUGUUCCUAUAUUAACAACUAUCAUUCUCGAAAUAUUAUUCUCAUAUUAGUUUAAUGUUUAAUAAUAUUCAUAUAAUAUUUUAAUAAUUAGGAAUAUUGUAGCGCUUAUAGGGUAUAUCCUCUUUCUAUCAUCUGUAUUCGCUGGUUCACGUUUCCAUAAUUUCCCCAAACAUACACAUACAUGUUCGACUUCAUUUUUAUUUCUUAAUAACGCCAGAUUGUAUGAAGAUACCUGUGAUAAAAAAGUUUUAUAAUAAAUACUUUGAAAAAAUGA